AUGAGAAUGAUGAUAUCACUUCAAAAGUGGAAGAAGAAGAAGGCCGGAGGCAUUUAUCACGGCGAUUUGUUUCAAAUCCAGAAAAAGGACCGGUUGAAGAAGAUACCGGUCGAUGUUUUGGAGAGGAAACAGAAAUUGCCUGAGGGUAAGGGGAAUGGCAGGAACUUUCUUUACAAAAGACAAAAUGGCAAGAACUUUCUUUACAAGGCAUAAAACGGCAAGAACUUUGUUUACAAAACAAAAAUAAGAACUUUUUUUACAGAGCAUUUAUUAGCAAAAACAUCCUUUACAGCGCGUAAAACGGCAAGAACUUUCUAUUCAGGGCAUUAAAUGGCAAGAACUUUCAUUACAGAGCAUUAAAUGGCAAAGACUUUCUUUACGAAGCGUUAAUUGGCAAGAAUUUUCUUUACAAAACAUUAUAUAAAGAAUCAUCGUAUAACUUGUCACCUGCAGUUUGCACAGUGCGAAAAAAACGCAAAACUUCCUAAUAAAAGACAAAAUAGCAAGAACUUACUUUAAAAAGCAUGAAACGGCAAGAACUUUUUUCACAAAACGUUAAAUAGUAAGAACUUUCCUUACAAUUUAUAAAAAAAGCAUUUUAAAAUGGUUUCUUGACACUUCUAUUGUAUCGGUCUGCACAGCGUAUUUUACAUUUUUUAAUUUUGAAAUUUCAGAAUUCCCUAAAGCCGGUGACUGUGUAUUCUUUAAUGGCUCCAACCGUGAUGGUUAUUAUAUAACAUUGGGGUUUGCUCAACGUCAGAACAACAUUGCCAACAUAUUUUUUGUACUACACAUACCAAAUAAGGGUACCUUUGUUAAUCAGGACCUACUUAGUAGUUCUAAUCUUACUGUAAGUUUGAAUUGCAAACACUUUGUUUACAAAGCAACAAAUGGCAAGAAGUUUGUUUACAAAAAAUUAUAAAAAGAAUCAUCGUAUAACUUGUCACUCGCAGGCUGCAAAGUAACAAAAACGGUUCGAAUUGCCAAGAACUUUCUUUACAAAACAAAAAAUAGCAAGGACUUUCUUUACAAAACAAAAAUAGCAAGAACUUUCUUUACAAAUCAAAAAAUGGCAAGAACUUUCUUUACAAAACAAAAAAUGGCAAGAACUUUCUUUACAACCCUAUUUUCAGACAAUUCCCAACGAACUGGACUACAAAUCGGAAUCCGGCUUUACAAUUUCAUGUUUGCGGCCGAUGGAAUUAUGGAAAAUAUCAUUUGAUGGCUCCUUGGUCAGUACAAAGUACUUGAAUUACGAUUUAACAAAAGCUGGUAAAGAAGAAGUUCCAAAGGAUUUCGAGGCCAUCGACUGCAAAUUUGAAUUGACUUGGAUUGCCAGAGGCAAGUUUAGACUUUGUAAAGAAAGUUCUUGCCGUUUCUUGUUUUGUAAAGAAAGUUCUUGCCAUUUUUGUUUUGUGAAGGAAGUUCUUGCCAUUUUUUGUUCUGUAAAGAAAGUUUUUACGUUUCAGGCGAACAUUUCGACUUUGACAAUGAUAUCUCCACCGACCUGAUCAGUCGGUCGUUAGCGAUCGAAGAAUGGUCGAAAGGGACCUUUCAGAAGCUGGAAAAGCACCGUAAUAUUCACUACGAGCAAUUUGGCCAACUCAAAGGCCAAAUCGCUUUGAAUGACGAGAAGUAUGAUCUGAACAUGGAAGGACUUCGAGAUCAUUCUAUUACAUCGUACAGGAACUGGAGUGAGCUACGACGAUAUGUCAUGAUAAUGUUUGUGUUGGAGGAUGGUACCAAGGUUAAUACGACCUGUGUUAGUAUGCCUGAACAAGUGUUUUCUCAUCUACAGUUUGGCUUUGUGGUUCAUCCGUAAGUUGCCCUAUCUUACCCUACCCUACUCUACCCUUGCCUUGCCUUGCCUUGCCUUGCCUUGCCUUGCCUUGCCUUGCCUUGCCUUGCCUUUACCAGCCCCCCCCCCUGCUCUUCCUUGUCUUACUUUGACAAACUGAUCUGCCCCGACCUGACUUAGCCUGGACUUUCUAUUCAUUUACUUUGUCUUUCUUUAUUCUAGCCUACCUAUCAUGCAACUUACAUUGACAUUCCAGAGAUGGCUCAAAGAGCGUGAUAAAUGAGCUAAACCUACACUUGGCUUACAUUGGAGAAAAUAAGGAUUUCCCAGAUGAAUUUCAUUACACCUUCGAUACUAACGACCAUUAUAAGCUUCAUUUGGUACAUUUUUUUGUUUCUUGUACCAUUUGGUACUAGUUUUUUAAGAAUUCAAAUUUGUUUUAUUACUGCACCGUGCAAUCAAAAUUAAGCCUUGCACCGUGCAGCCAAAAUUAAAAGCUUGCACUGUGCAAUCAAAAUUGAGUCUUGCACCGUGCAGUACAAAUAAAUUCAAAAAAGUUUUGAAAAAUUAAAAUUUUAGAUAACAAAAAUUAAAAACUGCUAUUUUAGGUAAACGUAGUUGUGAAGAACCGAGUAUCCUUUAAAAUGGGUCUGGACCUAACCAAUUACAUUCAAGAGUUGAUGUGUGAAUUCAGCUUGAAUGGCGUCAAAGGAACGGGAUUCUGCGAAAUCAACUACAGAAUUGAUUCGUAUUAG